AUGGCCUCAUUCGAUCUUGCUGUUCGUUUCAAACAUUGGCAAUAUCUUCUGAAUAUUAAUACCAAUGAGACUCUUGACCAGCUCAAAAAUCGAAUCACGUCAAUCUGCGGCAUUGAUCUUAAUAGUGAAGAGUAUUGUCUCGAGAUUUUCGACGAUUGUCUUGACCAAUAUGUAGUUUUCACUCAACGGUAUUUGACUGAACUAUACAAGGAUUUAAGAACAACAGGAAACAGAAGAUUCAACGCUCGACUCAGGUCAGAUUAUUCAGAUGAUGUGCUCGCACAAGUACCUGUUCCGUCUUCCAAUUAUACGAUCGUUUGGCUGGAUGAAUAUAUCAGUAACCAGCAAGAGCACCAAAUGCUCAUACAAAAGUUCAAUUUGGUAUUAGAUAUUAAGAAUGAUGAUUAUUUAUCUGCAGAAUCAUCGAAUGAAUUCGAUAACUUAAUGGUAUGCGAAAGAAAGCGAUGGAAUGACACUUUACAGAUCUUCGAUAGUCCUGAAGAGUGUUACAGAUUUAUACGUACAAAUGCCGAGCUGACAUCCAUCUUCUUCGUGACUUCUGGCAACCUCGGUCGUUCUAUUAUACCAUCCCUAAUUGACCAAGUACGCGGUGUGUACGUACUUCGUUCGGAUGUAGAGGAGAAUCUCGAAUGGUUGUUCGAUUAUCUGGAUUGUUCAUGCAGUGUUUUAUUCUUCGAUCAUGAGAUCGAUUUACUAGCACGUUUAGCUCGUGAUAUAGCAAACUCUUGUAUAAAACAAGGCAGACAAUUGCUGACAAAGAAGCAACUGAUGCCAGCUUUCAAUUCAUUGUUUAAUGCGGAAAAAGUGUUAAUUCGUGCGCACAUAAUUGAUGGAAAGAAUAUUGAUAUGCACUUGAGCGAUACUUAUCAAAAAAUUCAACAAGUCACCAAACGAGUACCUGAAGAAUUCGAUUAUUCGAAGCAGAAUCAUUUAAUCCUAUGGUUUGAUGAAAAUAUUGCAGAUCCAGAAGCUUAUAGAUCUCUCAAAAAAGCAUUCUUGAGAAACAUCGAUUCGCACAAUCAGAAUCGUUCACCUGUUACCGACAUGAAUUACGAUGAUCUUAUUCGUGAAAGAGAUAUUGUCCCAGUUAUAUUCAUGGGAAUACCAUUUCUACUGCAAGCAUCCGACAACGUUGAAACUUGUCUCACCAUUCUUAAUACACAUCGAAAUAAGCGUAUAUUCUUCAUUAUUUCGAAAAAUAUGGCCAGACGCAUCUCAUCAUAUAUGGAGUCUCGAUUUCGAACUGCCGCUAGGAACUCAGAUACCAAUCAUCCAUUUGUAAAAGUUUACAUUGCCUCCGACAAUAUUGUACAGCAGAUCAAGUGGAUAUCUGAGUACUCUGAGUAUUUCAUGACGUUCGAGCGAGAUGAAGAGCUGUUGGAAUCAAUGAGACGCGAUAUUGCAAAUUACUUUAUCGGACAAAGUAAAGCAUACCGUCAAGUGUAUGACUUGGAGUUAGCCUUCUAUUAUCUUAAACAGGCUACGGAGAUAUGGUAUCAGUAUUACAACAUGGACAAAGACAAUUUUAUGAAUUCAUCUACGAUGCAUACAGAGACAUAUAAAAUUAAUGAAAUUAAUAAAUUAAUCAAAGGAACAAUGGUCUUAGUGUCUGAUAAUGGUCAAAACAAUGCCAUAGGAAAUGCACCACACCCAAUGGAAAUUGAUGAAGAAAAUCUCACAAAUAUUGAGAUUUUGUAUUUGUAUACUGACACAGCCAAGCGAGAUGCGCAAAUCAACAGCGCUAUUGACUUUAUAUUCGGAGGACUUAACGCAGUGAAAUAUCCCGUCACAGAGUUCAAUCAAGUCGAGCAAUGUCUUAACCAUAUACAGACGAGGCAAAAUAAGAGAAUUGGUUUAAUCCUACUACAUGCUAUAGGGAGAGACGAAGUAAUGGUUUUAGAACGAUUUGCCAAUGUUGACUUUAUAUUUCAACUGGAUGCAAAACUCCCAUGGCUAAAAAAACACGCAUUAACUUGUUUUUCAUCAUCGAAAUUAUUGAUCAUCCAACGACUUUGCGUGUGUCAUGAACUACUGCAUUCUGAGGUGAACUUUUGUGCUGCUUUGAACGAAUCUACGGAAUCGUCAGCGCAAGAAUUUACUCAAGACAAUCGUUCGCUAGUGCUAUUUCAACUAUUGAUAGAAAUCCUACUUCGUACUCCGAUUACGGAAAGAUGCAAAAAUGAUUUUAUCGAAUUGUCUCUCGAACAAUAUUCCAGUAACCUUGCAGAUAGAAAUGUCAUAAAUUCAUUUGCCUCCACAUUCAAACCUAACGGAGCAAUUAUGUGGUACACGAUGAAUUCGUUUGUUUAUCGUACAUUAAAUCGAGCGCUUAGAGACAAUAACCUUCGAUCAAUGUACAAGAGCCGCUAUUUCAUUUGUCAUUUAUAUGACGAAAUAAAAAAACGUUAUACCGAAACUUGUGCGUUUAUGAAUUCUCAAAUCUCUGUUUAUCGAGGACGAAUAAUGUCUUCUGACGAGUUACGAAUGCUACGGGCGAACACAAGCAAAGUCAUUACUACAAAAUGUUUCUUGUCAGCAACGUUCGACCAAAAAGUGGCCGUUGCUUUCUCAGGAAUGGAAACAAAAGCAGCUAGCGGUAUUUCUGUAAUCUUUCGUCUGAUCAUCGAUGCGUUUACAAAUAGAUCAGUAUCAUUUGCACCGAUUCAGAACAUGAGCGCAAUGAAAGAUGAAGCAGAAGUUUUGAUUCUACCUGGAACGAUAUUUCAAGUCAAAAGUGUUGUUGAAAGAGAAAAAAAUGCGUUUGAUGUGGUAUUAAUCCAUACUCUUGAACAACAGCAGCUUGAAGAAAAGAUUCGCCGUCCGAAAAGUAUCUAUUUAGACAGAGCACGAACAGUCACAUCAUUCGAUGAUUUCGAAGCAUUGGUUAAAGAGGCUUCAAGUGAAAUAAAUGAGCAGGAACUGCUACUAACACCUACGAUUCACAAUAAAAAUGAAAAACGCCUCACUAAAAAAUAUUCGUCGUCAUUAUCAAUUUCCAGAGUAACAUCGAAGCGUUUAUGGAAAAAUGUGUCGGAACUUCGAUCGUCGAAUACUCGCAGUGAUGGUUCGAUUAUAUUCAUUGUUGAUGAGACUCCCUUUGAUGACGAUAAUGAGGAUAGUGAUUUGUUACUAUCCAAUAGUAUUAUUUGCCGCUUAUUUCCACGUCAACAUAUUUAUAAGCAAUACGCUUUUAAAAUUGCGAUGUGUCUAUCAUCAUCAUAUCCAUUUUCCCCACCAACAGUGUAUUUUCUUACUCCCAUUUAUCAUCCAAAUGUCGGGCAAAAUGGAAAUGUUUGUUUGGAUAUUCUUCAAAACAGUGAAUCAUGGAAGUUUAAUACGUCGUUGGUCACUAUUUUAAUCUCUCUCGUCGACCUCAUCGAUACUCCUAAUAUAGACGAAGCAUUGCGUACGAAUAUAGCGGUAGAAUACAUACAAGAUAGAGCUGAAUUCAAUCGUAAAGCAUUAGUAAUGGCGAAAAAACACGCUUUACCUCGAUAA